UGAAGCACGGCCCCCCAACCAGCUUCACCAAAGCGCUGAUGGCAAGUGGCUGUCGUCUAUGACGCGGCUUUGGUGCGUUGAUGGAGCGAACCCAUUCGGCAAAGGGCAGCAGGCAUGACCUCUCCCCGGGGUGCGUCGCCCCGGAGUCCGCGCGGAUCAAGCCCAGCACAAAGUCCACGCGACAGCCCACGUGGCGACAGCCCACGCGGCGACAGUCCACGUGGUGCCAGUCCACGAGGCCGGCGGCAGUCGGCUCGAGGGCGGAACUCCGUGCACGAGGACUCCCCACGCUGGGCGAACCGUCCACGAAGGCGGCCGUGCGCGGGCCGCAGCAACUCUUCCCUGCUGGCCGAUGUGGUGGUGAAGAACGAUGAGAUUGAGGCACUCAAGGAGUCCCUGCAGCGUGGCGGCGGCGUGGUGGCGCGGAAGACAGUCGGGGAGUUCUUGAAGGGUUUCCGCUUGGCUGCGGGACAGGAUCUGAAGCUCGAAGCCUUUGACAUCACAGGCCUAAAGGACGGUGAGGAGGUGGAUCCCCGCUUGGCCUCCGUGGUGCAGGACUCGCUCGCAGGGAGUCGUGAAGAUGAUCGGGACAUCCGCUUGUACGCUCGACCUCCGUGGUAUGAGCCAGAGGAUGCAGUGCCUUUGAGCAGAUGCCAGCAGUUCUGGAGCCGCUGGCUGCCCUGCCUCCGCAAGCCCAAGCGCUGGCGCCGGAAGCGACACCUGGGGGAAGGUCUUUUUGGCUGUUAUGUGCGAGUUCAACAAGCCUUGCUCCGCUUGGUCUAUCGGAAGAGCUCUGCCGCCAAGCAGCGCGACAUUUUUGUGAGUUUUCAGGAGGCCGACCGAGAUUUGGCGCGGUGGCUGCGUCUCUUUUGCGAUAUGCGUUCUUUGUCUGCGUAUGCGCAAUUGCCCAAUGAAGCUGCUCGGAAGUCUUUGGAGAAGAAGCCACAGGAACCGCAGGAGCCACAGAACUCCCGGAGCUCGCUCCGCGGAUCGAUCCGCGGAUCGAUGCGCGGCUCCAUCCGCGGCUCCAUCCGCGGCUCCAUCCGCCGGUCCAUUGCGUCGAUGAGCAGCGUGGCCUCGCAGCGCACGGGCGACAUGGACACAGGUGGACCAGUGGAGGAGACUGCCGUACCUGUGGAAGAGCAAGAGGUCUCUUUGCCUCAGUGGCUGCAAGAUCGCGAGGAGCUGAUCCGGACUUCACGAGUCUUCCUGGUGAUCACCAGUCAGGACUCUUUGGAGAAUGCUGCGGUUUUGCAGGAUUGCAUCUGGGCCUGGCAGUGGGGAGUCCCUGUGCUGCCAGUACGCCGUGUGGGGGACAACAAGCUCCCAAAGGAGGUGAAGAAGAAACUUCGUUUCCUCCACACCCUAAAGAUGGGUUUGCCAGAGGUGGGCCUCGGAACGAACCGGAAGGAUUUCUUCUUCAAGGUCUCCUCCUCAUUGGCUGCCGGCAUCCGCAUGGGUCGAAGUCGGAAGCGGCCCAAGAUGCCACGGCAUGUUUGGGAUUUCUUCUUCCGGGCCGUGAAGCAUUUGCAGCGUGACUCCAAGGACUUGCAGAGCACCGAAGCCUCCGUUUCUGAGCGGCCCGUGCUGGGCCUCACCACUGGCGAAGCACGCUUCUGCAUCGAGCGGGGCCAAUUGGUGGAUGUCCCGGAUUUGGGAAGACUGGAGAAACCAGAGAAGGUCAAGAAGGAGGAAGGAACCGGCAGACAUGAAAGCAAAAACCAGGAGGAAUUAGUGGCCAAAGACAAGACUGAGCAAACGGAGCUCUCGGCGGCCAUGGAAGAUCGCACCUUUGGGAUUUUGACGAUGCUGAGCCUCCUGGGCUCACAGAACUUCCAGGUGGCGACCAAGGCAGCUCAAGUACUGCGAACCAUCACUGCCACGGAGCGUGGGGCCGCGGCAGUGGCGCUCUUCGGCGGGGUGGAGGUCCUGUUGAAGCUGGUGGCCGUGGCCAUCGAGGGCUCGCAGGAAAAGAAGCAGGCGUCCACCAAGCGCAACAUCUUUGGUCGCAAAGCCAAGGAUACGCCGGCAUCCCCAACAUCCGCUUCCCCGAAGAGUGGACGUGCAAGGGAUGAGGUCGAGCAAGCCAAGAGUGCGCGGUGGGGCAAGGAAACUUCGCCCGAGUCUGCGCGUGGUCCAAGUAGCCCUCGAAACCGUGGAGCUGUUGGUGCUCUGGACAGCCCGCCGGAAUCUCCCAGGGACUCUCCCAAGAGUGCUCGCUGGCGAAGGGGCACUUCUGCGCAGGACAGCCCUCCAGAGUCUCCGGGCCGGGACUCCCCAAGGAGCGCUCGCUGGCAAGAGGACAGCCCAUCUCAGUCUCCGGAUUCUCCGAAAAGUGCCCGCUGGCGGGGCGUUUCGCCACGGGACGACGCAUCCCCACGAGACGCGUCUCCACGCAGCCCAAGGGCACGGGCAGAGGGUCCCAUGAGCGCUCGAGGAGGCCGCGGUGGCCAGGAGAGUCCGCGGGAAGAGACGGAUGCCAAGCCCAACAAGCUGGCAAAGAGGCGACUGCCUUGCUUGGGUCGUUGCCGAAGAAGGCGGCACGAGGAGGACGUUGCAGAUGAGGAUGACGAUGAAGAAGAUGAAGAAGAUGGUGCUGGGGGAGGCCACCAUGGUCAUGGGAAGUCAGGUGAUUCCAGCAAUCUCUUCUUCCGCUGCGCCGAUCAUGGCUUGGCAGCCCUUCGAAACUUGGCAGCCUUUUCGCGGGAGCGGAAGGAGCAGAUCUUGGAGAAAGAGGGCGAAAAGGUGACCAUGGAGGCCUUGCGCGUCUGCCGCGGCCUGACCGAAGCCCAGCAGCCUGCGCGCUCGGCUUCGGCGCUGCUGCGAAACCUGUCCGGAGGCCUGCGAGGUCACUUGCAAGCACAACGGGGAAGACUGAGCGCUGAUUCACUCAAAUUCAUAUGUAUUUGCCCUGUUAUGACUGUUAUGUCCUGAGCUGGUCAGGAAAGGUCAGAACUGAAGGAGGCAAAGAAGAUCAAAGAAGGAUCAAGGCAACCCAGGAUGAGCUAGAACUAGCAGGUCCGACUUCUACAGCGUUUUUUGCGACUUCUGCAGUGUGACCUGGGGUUCGUGUCCUCACCAAGGAGCAUAUGCUUUGAGAGGUG